AUGAACCCACUUCAUUUAGCCCCCCCCCCCCCAACUCAAGAAAAUGUUGAAGAAAUUGGUGGUACAAGUACUAGUAAUUUACCACCGGAGGAGGAAGAAUUGAUAUAUGAUGUUGAACUUCUUCCUCAUGAUCCGGGAAAAAGAAUGAACAUAAUGGACUAUCUCCCAAAUCAAAGAAAUGCGGUGAGGAGAGCUUACAUUCUCAGAAAACCUUGCCAACCAAAAACUCACAACUUUCCUCAAAGACAAGCGGGAGGUUUGCGUCGUUUUAGUGUGAAUUGGUUCAAUAAAUGGGAUUGGCUUGAAUAUAGCAUUAAAAAGAUGCCGCAUUUUGUUUUGUAUGUUACUUGUUUAAAGGUGAAGUUGACAAUAAUAUGGGAGGUGAUGCAUUUGUUGAUGGAGGGUUUAGGAAAUGGAAUAAGCUGGGAAAGAUUUGAGAAGCAUGUUGGUGGAAUUAAGAGUGCUCAUAAUCUUGCUUAUGAGAAGUAUGUGAACUUGAAAGAUGGGAAAAAUAAAUCAAUUGUGGACAUAUUUGAAAAGGCAAGUGAGGUGAUUAAAAGUGAAUAUUAUAUUCGCCUAAAUGCAUCUUUAACUUGUUUAAGGUUUCUUUUGGGGCAAGGUUUGUCAUUUCGUGGGCAUGAUGAAAGUGAUGAGUCUUAUAAUAGGGGUAAUUUUAUUGAACUAUUGAAAUGGUUAGGAGAAAAGGUUAAGGAAGUAGGUGAUCAUGCUCUUGAAAAUGCACCCGGAAAUUGUCAAAUGACUUCUCCCCCGAUCCAAAAAGACAUUAGUAAUUGUUAUGCAAAAGAAACAACUAAGUGCAUAAUUGAAGAGCUUGGUGAUGAUUACUUUGUUAUAUUGGCCGAUGAGUCAAGUGACGUGUCUCAAAAAGAGCAACUAGCUCUUGUUUUGCACUUUGUUAAUAGAGAUAGUGGAAAGGUAAUGGAGAGAUUUGUAGGCAUUGUUCAUGUUGGUGAUACUACCGCUUUAUCUCUUAAAGAUGCAAUUUUGUCACUACUUGUGGAACAUUCAUUGAGUCCAUCUAUGAUAAGAGGGCAAGGUUAUGAUGGGGCUAGUAAUAUGAUGGGUGAAAUAAAUGGUCUUAAGACUUUGAUUAUGAAUGAUACUCCAAGAGACUACUACAUACAUUGUUUUGCUCAUCAACUUCAACUCACACUAGUUGCCAUUGCUAAAAGAAAUGAUAGUUGUGGUUGGCUUUUUGAAAUACUUGCAAACUUGCUGAAUGUUGUUGGAGUUUCUUGCAAGAGAAGAGAAAUGAUUCGUGAUAGUCAAGCUCAAGAACUUGCUCAAGCAUUAGAAGUGGGGGAAAUUUUGAGUGGAUCGAGUUUGAAUCAAGAGCUUGGUUUGAAGAGGCCCGGAGAUAUUCGUUGGGGAUCUCAUUACAAGUGUCUUGUAAAUAUCAUCCGCUUGUUUUCUACAAUUGUUAAGGUACCUGUUCACAUUGGAAAACAUGGUGCAUCGGAAGAUAAUUUCAAAGCUCAAAUUGUUUUAGGACAAUUAGAGUCAUUUGAUUUUAUUUUUGUGGCUUACUUAAUUUUGACUAUGUUUAGCUACACUAAUGGUUUGUGUCUUGCUUUGCAAAGAAAGGAGCAAGAUAUUGUAAAUGCCAUGGAACUAGUUACUUUCACAAAAAGUGUGUUGCAAAAAAUGAGGGAACAAGGGUGGGAGACUCUCUUAAAGAAGGUUACUUCAUUUUGCACUAAACAAGACAUUGAUGUUCCCACCAUGGAUGCUCUUUAUGUUCCUCAAGGAAGAACACGACGGUUUGUCGAAAAAGCAACAAAUCUACAUCAUUUUCGUGUUGAAAUGUUUUUGGGGUAA